AUGUGGAUCACACGCGGAAUAUCACUCGUCAACUUCGGCGUUGCCUCUUCAGCACUGGCAUUCCAAGUCUUCGUCUUAUACCCAUGGCACAAUCAGUUAGACGACGAGUUCAAAGCCUUGAAAAAGGAACACCUCCGAGUACUGCGCCAGAUCGAUUUGCGCAAAACACUGGCAGAAUAA